GGCCCGUUUGCUCCUCGUCGGCUUCAGUAAAAUUUCGGGAAACAUCACUUCUGCGAGCGCUUUUUAUUUAUUUUUGUAAUUUAUUCCCUCAUUAUAAGCUUUAGAAAUGUUUUCUUUGACGCGUAAACUCGGAUCACUUAAGCCCUGUUAUGAUAGUCUCCUAAGCAGCACAGCGUUGCAGUCUCUUUGCCGAUCUGUGUCAAUGAGGGCCACUAUAUGGACAGGCCAAGAGAAACUUGAAGAUGACGACCCUGAAAUGUACAACUUGAUUCAACAGGAAAAGGAUCGUCAAGUUAGGGGGCUUGAACUCAUUGCCUCUGAGAACUUCUGCAGUCGUGCUGCCCUAGAGGCCAUGGGAUCUUGUUUAAACAACAAGUAUUCUGAAGGAUACCCUGGUCAAAGAUAUUAUGGAGGAACACAGAUAAUUGAUAAAAUUGAGCUGCUUGUUCAGAAGAGAGCACUUGAAGCUUUUAAUCUGGAUCCAAAAGAGUGGGGUGUGAAUGUUCAACCAUACUCAGGGUCACCUGCUAAUUUUGCUGCAUACACUGGUCUUUUGAAGCCACAUGACAGAAUAAUGGGGCUUGAUUUGCCUCACGGGGGACAUUUAACUCAUGGCUUCAUGACUGAUACUAAGAGGAUUUCAGCAACUUCAAUCUAUUUUGAGUCAAUGCCAUACAGGCUUAAUGAAGAGACAGGCUUAAUAGACUAUGACAAAUUAGAAGAAACUGCACGUCUUUUCCGUCCUAAACUGAUCAUCGCAGGAGCCAGUGCCUACUCAAGACUUUAUGACUAUGAGCGAAUGAGAGAGAUUGCUGAUGAACAUAAAGCUGUCUUGCUGGCAGAUAUGGCUCAUAUAAGUGGCCUUGUAGCAGCUGGGGUCAUCCCAAGUCCAUUUGAUCACUCUCAUGUGGUCACAUCAACAACUCACAAGACUCUAAGAGCUGUCAGAGCUGGUUUAAUUUUUUACCGUGUUGGUGUCAAAGGAAAAAACAAGAAAACUGGAAAAGACAUUAUGUAUGAUUUUGACAAGAACAUCGACUUUGCAGUGUUUCCAUCUCUCCAGGGAGGGCCACAUAACCAUGCUAUUGCUGGGGUGGGUGUGGCAUUGAAACAGGCAAAAAGCCCAAUGUUUAAAGAGUAUCAGCUUCAGGUUUUAAAGAAUGCCAAAUCAAUGGCUAAAGCUCUGACUGAUUUAGGAUAUUCUAUAGUGUCAGGUGGUACAGACAACCAUCUUCUUCUACUUGAUCUUAGACCAAGGGGUAUUGAUGGAGCUCGUGUGGAGAAAGUUCUGGAAAUGGCAUCAAUCACUGCAAACAAAAAUACCUGCCCUGGAGACAAGAGUGCUUUGAAACCUGGAGGACUUAGAUUAGGUGCACCUGCCCUCACUUCCCGUAACUUCAAAGAAGAUGACUUUGUGAAGGUUAUAGAGUAUUUGGACCGAGGAGUGAAGAUUGCAGUUGAGGCACAAAGUGCAACAGGUGAUGCCAUGAAGGACUUUCUUUCACAUAUUGAAUCUAACACAGAAACAACGGCAAAAAUUGACUCUCUCAGAGCAGAUGUGGAGAGUUUUGCAAGAGGUUUCACAAUGCCUGGAUUUGAAAGUCGCUGAUUUGAGAGGCAGUGGAUAACAAGAAUGAGUCUUGAUUAAUGGUCUCCAAUCUUCAAGGACCAGAACUUUCACUCAGUGGAGAGCUUGCUGAAAUGAGGGAAUUUACUAUUACUGAAAAUCUUGAUAAAAGAAAUGAAUUCUUCAUAGAGAGAUACUUGUGAAUUUUUGAUGACUGGCCAAGGGAACUUAUUACUGCUGCAUUGCAGGAGAAGUAAAGCAGCUUGAAAAACCUAAACGGCCGAACAAUAUGCUUACGUAUGAAUGCAUUUUAAGAUGACUAUAUUCAAACAUUUUGGUUGGUUUCAUUCAAAGAUAGUGGAGCGAAAUUUUUAUCUAUAAAAGGAUGAGUUGGAAACUCUCAUUCCUUUUUUCUAGCCAAUGUUUUCAUUGAUGCAGUGGAGCGAAAUUUUUAUCUAUAAAAGGAUGAGUUGGAAACUCUCAUUCCUUUUUUCUAGCCAAUGUUUUCAUUGAUGCAGUGGCAUCUUGAUAAGAGUCAAAACUACCAGCUGCUCGUACACAAGUGGUGUGGAGGAGUUACCAGGUGAACAAGUUAGUGCCAAAGUCUUGACAAUUUCUUGCAUGUUGCUUUUUGUUUGAUCAGAAUUGGUAAUAUUUGGGAAUGUCUUAGAUUUAUCAUUCGUUAUAAGCAUGCAAAAACGUUUCAAUGGUACAACAGAUAUAUAUGAACACAAUAUAUUUUCAGUCUAAUAUACAGCUUAAUCUGAAUUUGAGAUUAAAUAUUGGAAUAGAGUGUUUAUUUGCUUUCCUCACUUUAGAUGGUUGGGGACGGUUCGGUAAAGUAUUCUUGUUUUUAGUGAGGUGGUGUGGGGAUUGUAACUUGUACAUCUCCUAAAACUAGGAAUGGUUUUUGGAUUAGCAGUAGUUUGGAGGAAUUGCAAAAGACUGUUGCGGACCAGUUUGUAACCUCUUUGAUUUGCCAAAAUUGCCCUUUUAUUAGCAGUGUGGUCAAUUGUUGAUUGAGAUCUAAAAAAAACAUAACUUUUAAAUUACCAUAUUAAUCAUCAACUGCAAACUUGAGAAUGGAAUGGACUUAUGGAAUGGAUUGAACUUGUGAAGUGGUUUAUUUUCGCUUAAUUGAAGGAGCAUUGUUCCACCCUGUCCUGACUCAGCUAAAUGCAUUCUUAUCAAAGCCUUUACUUACAAAGACAACUUACUCAACUGAUAAAAACAAAUAUAAAUCUUAAAAUGCCUAAUUGUGAAAUAUUUUUACAUGGCACAGUGAAUGGCCUGAUUAAUAAAAAUAAAAAACAGUAUUAAACUUGGA